CUUGUUCUGUUUUAGAUUGCUACAGGUCGUACUCUGUGGAAAGUGAAACUUUCAAUUGGUAUCAAAGCCAUUAAAGCUUAAGAUACUAGCUUUAAAGAUCAGACAUGGGAGACAUGGAAGAAGGAGCGAAUGUACAACGGCCACCACUGCUGAGAGGACCAAACUACAACUUCUGGAAGGGGCGCAUGAAGGCAUUUUUGAAAUCACAAGGUGGAAGAGUCUGGAGAAGCGUAGAAACUGGCUGGCAGAUUCCUACAAAGACAGUUGAAGGAUCAGAUGCAAAAAUUCCCAAAACAUUUGAGGAAUACUCAAAGGAGGAAGCUGCAGCUGCUGAAUGCAAUGACAAAGCCUUAAAUGCAUUAUUUGGAGCAGUGGACAGCUCUCAAUACAGACUCAUUGCAAAUUGCACUGAAGCACAGAAGGCGUGGAAGAUUCUAGAGACAACCCAUGAAGGAGAUGAGAGAGUCAAGACAGCAAAAUACCAAAUUCUCAUGACAAAAUUUGAAAAUCUCAGAAUGGAAGAUAAGGAGAGUAUCACUGAAUUCCAUGGCAGAGUGAGAGAUUUGGCAAAUGAAGCAGAACGUCUUGGAAGACCUUUUGAAGAAGACAAUCUUGUUCUAAAGGUGCUGCGCACCCUACCAGAAAGCUACUCUGUUGAUGCCAAGGCCAUACGUCAAGCGCAUGAUCUAAAGAGGAUGACGCUGGAUCAAUUAAUGGGAAAUCUUGAAACCAUUGAAUUGGCCAUGUCAGAAGAACAAAAGAAGAAGAAGACAGAGAAACAAAUAGCAUUUCAAGUGGGUGAUCUAGAUCCAGAAAAUGAUGUCAUAUCAGAUGAUGAUUUUCAAGAGCAGCUCUCACUGUUUACCAAACAGUUUACAAAAAGGUGGCUCCAGAAAAAGGGUAAACAGGCACUUAUGCAAGAUCCUCAGAGAAGUUCACAAAUCAAAAUAAUGAAAGAGAAGGAAUUCAAGGCACAACCUUCAGAAGCAAGGAGAAGAGGGCCACAGUGUUUUGAGUGUGGUGGCUUCGGUCAUAUUCAAACAGAAUGUGCAAACAACAUAAAAAAGAAAAGGCAGGCAUUUGCCUCAACUUGGAGUGAUGAAGAACCAGACACUGAAGAUACUGAUGGAGACAGUAAUUGCGCCUUUGUCACGUUAGAAGUACAAGAGGACUCUGAAGAGCAGCUAAAAAUACUCCAAGAAAAAUGGAGUUAUCUGCUUGAUAUUAAUAAGAAGAAUGUAUCUGAAAAUCUCCUAUUAGAAACUAAACUGCAGAUCUGUGAGCAAACUGUUGAGAAGCUGCAACAUGAGCUGAGCCAAAAGGAAACCGAAAAUGCUAAUCUAAGACAUGAACUUGAUCAUCAUAUGAAGUACCAGAAAUGGAUAAAUAAAGCAGGAGCAGGAAGUUCACAAGAAUGGAUGCUGAGCACAGAGGCAAAAGCCAUUGAACACCAAGUUGACAUCUCCAAGAUGUAUGGAGACAGAACUGGGCUGGGUUAUCCAAAAGAAGAAUCAACCAAAACACCACUAGAUCUCUUCAUCAAACGAAGUGAUCGCAGGAAAGAAAUAGACAGUCUUCCAGUCAAAGCUUCACAAACGACAACUGGUACAUCACACAAGAAUGGAAGGCAUCAUGCAAACACAAGAAAUCGCUAUGAAAACUAUAGAUGUUAUCGAUGCAAAGAAUGGGGGCACAUUAGAAAGAUGUGUCGUAGAAUCAAGAGGGGAAGACAGAGAAGUGCUAGAGUCAAGCAGAUAUGGGUGCAAAAGAAUGUGGCAUCACAUGCAAACUCAUGCAUGCGAGUGACUCCAGAGCAGUGGCUAUUGGAUAGUGGAUGUUCACACCACAUGACAGGAGACAACAAAAGUUUGAAGAAUAUGCAGGAAAUAGAGGGAGGCAGUGUCAGAUUUGGAGGAGGGGCGCAUGGACAAAUUAUUGGAUGUGGAACAUUAAAUGUCACUGGACUUCCACCUAUCAAGAACGUCUGGCUAGUUAAGGGAUUACAAAACAAGAACAAGCUGGUUGUGCUAGAAGGCGACAGAACAACAGACAACUGUUAUAGAGUGAGCCCCAACAUCCUAUGCUACACGGCCAGUGAGAAAGAUGCCAGAUUAUGGCAUUACAGACUAGGGCACAUCAACUACAAGGACUUGGCAACUCUUUCUAACUCAGGAGCUGUGAGAGUCAUGGAGUCUACAAAUGUGAUUGUUGAUGAUCGGAUGGAGAGAAAGAACCAGGAUGAUCCAGAAGAGGCUCCAGCAACUGAUAUAACACCUGGUGAAUCAGAUCAAGAAGCUCAGCCAGAAGAAACACAUGCAACUGAAAAUGAGGAACAAGUACCAGAGACAGCUACAGUUCCCACACAUAUUCAAAAGAAUCAUCCUAUGAAGAAUGUCAUCGGAUCACCAACAGAAGGGAUAAAGACCAGGAAAAAGACCAUAAAUUUUCUUGAGAUGACAAAGGCUUACUACACAUCAACUUCAGAACCCAGAAACAUAAAAGAGGCGCUUACUGAUGAAGCAUGGAUAAAUGCAAUGCAUGAGGAGUUAGAACAGUUUGAGAGGAACAAAUUCAAGAAGUAUUGCCAAGUCCGCAAGAAACUUCAAAAAACAAGAGAGGACGAGGAACCAGUGGUGAAUCCAGGGUCUCCAGCAAGUAUCCCUCACAUGCAGCAGCAAGAAGAUGAUGUAGCACAUCUUCAACCUUCAGAUCUACCACAGAUGCUGCUCAUCGAAUAUCACAAGUCUGAGGAGGAAGCAGAGACCGCUGCAGUGCCGAAAUCUGAGCCAGCACCACCCACCGAUGGACCAACUCAGCCUCCACCAGACGCACCAGUUCAAGAAGAUGAAGAGUUCAUUCAAAUCUUGGAUGAAGAUCCUCUUGUGGCAGUCUCAAAAGUCCCUUUUCAAGAAGACUCUGCAGCGAAGAAGAGCAAAAAGAAAGUGAUUUCCAGCACAGUCCCUCAACGAAGAUCUAAGAGAAAAUUGAAGCUGGAGGAAGACUCAAGUUCAGAAGCACCACCCCAGAAGAAGCAGUCUACAUCAUCUACCCCUAUGAUUUAUGCAGCAGAUGUCACACCGGUGGUAAAAACAGGAAAGUCUCCUCACUCUCGCUUUGUUUCCUCAAAAGCUAGAUCUCUUUUCAGUAGUGUGCACAAGAAAUCUAUUAUUGUUCAAAGAAAAAUUGAUGUGGAAGAUUUUAAACUCAAGACCAAUCUGAUUCCUCUCCUUGAAAAAUCCAAAUUGUUGAGAUCUGUCACUCUUCAAGGAUCCUUUGUGAAAUCUGUUAUCUGUGAGUUCUACUGCAACGUGUCUGAAUCUUGUGUUGAUCAUGCUAACCCCAUGUUUCAUAAGGUGUUCUUGCGUGGAAAGACCUAUAAACUCUCCCCUGCUCUUAUUAAUACUGCUCUUGAUCUUACCCCUAGCAAAAAGGACACCAAAAUCUCGGAAAAAACCAUGUGGUUAGAUCUUACAAAUGGUCAAAGAGCCUCUCAGUCCAGCAAAGCAAAAAUUUCCUCCUCAAUUCUCAAAACUUCCUAUGCUAUCUUAUUAAGGGUUGCAGCACUUCACUGGCUUCCAACAACACACACCAAUACUGUUUCCAAAACUAUGGCCAGACUGCUCUACAAGGUUAAGCACAACACACCAUUUGACCUAGGACAACUAAUUUUUGAUCAGAUCAUGCUCUUUGCAGCUGAGAAAUACAAGGUCAACUCCAUUGGGCUUCCCUAUCCAACACUUCUCUACAGACUAUUGAUCUCCCAGGGUUUCAACAAAGAUGAAGGGGAGGAGGAGGAACAAGAAGAGCCACCACUCCAAGUGGACAGCAGACACAUGGAGGGAAAGCACUAUAAUGACAUGGAGGUUGCUGCUUCAACAACUACAAAACACAAGGAGACACCCUCUUUGGUGAGAUUCUUGGAGCAGAAACUGAUGCAGGUUAAGGAGGAGCUAGCAAGGACUUUACAGCUGAAAGAUAAGCUGGAGAUUGAGAAGGAUCAGUUGGUGGUGUUGCUGCGCCAGGCUAGGGAGGCACAUCCAGAUGAGGAGCACCCAGACUCAGUAGAGGAGAUCAUUGAGAGCACUCAUUCUGAUGAACAGGAGAGUCACACUAAGGGGGAGAGAGUAUGUGUUUUGCUCACUUCUGAAUUGCUUGUGGAUUUCACUGUUUUGUUUGGGUUUGUUGCUGUUGGAUUUGCUCUAUGGUUUCUUUGAAACAUUCUAUUGCUCUUUAUGAUCUAUGUUUGCUAUUAUGCACUCCAUUGUCAAGUGCUGUCUCCUGCGCAUGGGUCUAGUGCCGGAUGUAGGUACAGCUCUAUGUCACACUUCGUAGGUAUUCUAUGUCAUAUUGUACCUACUCUUGAUCGGUUGAAUAUUCCUCUUUAUUCUUCGCUCCAAACCUUUUUAAUAAAAUUUGGCAUUUUUU